CCCGAGGAGCUGCGGCGCGCGGCCGCCACGCGCGCUCCCGAGAAGCCGCCUACAGAACAGCUGUCCCCCGCCGAGCCCAGCAAGGAGUCCCCCAGGUGGCCACUGCCGGUGAAGCGGCUGAGCCUGCCACCCAGAAAGCCACAGCUGUCAGAGGAGCAGGCUGCGGUGCUGGGGGUUGUCCUGAAAGGCCAGAGUGUCUUCUUCACGGGGAGUGCAGGAACUGGGAAGUCCUACCUGCUGAAGCGUAUCCUGGGCUUACUGCCGCCCACAGGCACUGUGGCCACUGCCAGCACAGGGGUGGCAGCCUGCCACAUCGGGGGCACCACCCUCCAUGCCUUUGCAGGCAUUGGCUCGGGCCAGGGCCCCCUGGCCCAGUGUGUAGCUCUGGCCCAGAGGCCAGGGGUGCGGCAGGCCUGGCUCAGCUGUCAGCGGCUGGUCAUUGACGAGAUCUCCAUGGUGGAGGCAGACCUGUUUGAUAAGCUGGAGGCCGUGGCCAGAGCUGUUCGACAGCAGGACAAGCCGUUUGGAGGGAUCCAGCUCAUCAUCUGUGGGGACUUCCUGCAGCUGCCUCCGGUCACUAAGGGCUCCCAGCCCCCUCGGUUCUGCUUCCAGGCCAAGAGCUGGAGGAAGUGUGUGCCUGUGACCCUGGAGCUGACCGAGGUGUGGAGGCAGGCAGACACUGCCUUCAUCUCCAUUCUGCAGGCUGUGAGGCUCGGCAGGUGCUCUGAUGAAGUGACCCGCCAGCUCAGAGCCACAGCUGCCCACAAGGUGGAGCGAGACGGCAUCGUGGCCACGAGACUCUGCACCCACCAGGAUGACGUGGCACUCACCAAUGAGAGACGGCUUCAGGAGCUGCCAGGUGAGAUGCACAGCUUUGCGGCUCUGGACAGCCACCCUGAGCUAGCGCGGACCCUGGAUGCCCAGUGUCCUGUGAGCCGGCUCCUGCGGCUGAAACUGGGUGCGCAGGUGAUGCUGGUGAAGAACCUGGCGGUAUCGCGAGGCCUGGUGAACGGCGCCCGAGGGGUGGUAGUGGGGUUUGAGGCUGAAGGGAGAGAGCUGCCCCGGGUGCGCUUUCUGUGCGGCAUCACCGAGGUCGUCCGCCUGGACCGCUGGACAGUGCAGGCCACCGGGGGCCAGGUCCUCAGCCGGCAGCAGCUGCCCCUCCAGCUGGCGUGGGCGCUGUCCAUCCACAAGAGCCAGGGCAUGUCUCUGGACUGUGUGGAGAUCUCCCUGGGCCGGGUGUUUGCCAGUGGGCAGGCAUAUGUGGCCCUUUCCCGGGCCCGCAGCCUGCAGGGCCUGCGAGUUCUGGACUUUGACCCCUUGGUGGUCCGCUGUGAUGCGCGUGUGCUGCACUUCUAUGCUACCCUUCGGCGGAGCAGGGGCCUUGGGCUGGAGUCCCCGGAUGAGGAGGAACCAGCCUCUGACCAGGAGAACAUGGACCCAAACCGCUGAGUCCCUGCUGCAAAGGGGAGAUGGGUGCCCAUCCUGGGGAAAACUGGGGGGACCCAGUCUCCUUUCUCCAUUCCUCAGGGACAUCCAGGCAGAGUUGGAUAGUGCUUCCUGCCCACUUUCCAGCUCGGUCUCAGUUUGUCCCUGUCCUGGGGAGCUGUUUCCAGGUUCAGAAUUCACCCUAUCUGUGCCCUCUGGAAAUGGGCCUGGGCUGGUACCUGGUGCCAGAGGACAAGCUGUGUGCAAGGCCUGGACACAGAGCCAAGGGGUGUUGUGAGUAUCUCUCUGGGCUGCAGAAGGCAUUCGUAUAAAGAGCUGCUUUGGGAGCAGCAGCCUCCUGCAGGGAGCUGUGUUUAUGAGUUUCCUGUUGCUGUAACAAAAUACCAGAGGGUAUGGAAUAUUACAAAGAACUUAGUACACAGUUCUCAAAGGUCAAGAGUAUGGGGCCUGCACUGCUUGGCUCUGGUGGGACCUUGGGCCAUAAGGUACACGGGGUAAGGGUGCAUUUGAGCAGGGUCACAGGCAUGCAAGCCAAGAAGCAGAGAUAAGAUGGGCAUGGUGAUGCACACUUGAGCUUGGGAGGUUGAGGCAGGAGGAUCUAGC